AUGGGUAACAGGGGCCUUGGAAUUGCUCCAUGGGUUGAUGGCGAAUCAGAGCUGGAGUUUAGGAGACUAGGGAUGCAAGGACCCUUGGAGGCAUUAAGGAGGAGGGAACGGAAUACACAGAGGGCCUCCUUCUCUUUCAGCUUUUUAAUUGCCCUCUCUCCUCACAGAGUAGAUUACCGCCACUCCUAUGAACUGUUCAAUAGGCGGUGGCAUGGGCAUGUCCUGGCUACACAGCGGCCCAGCCUCUUUAUUUUGAUGUUAGUGUGAUUAGGGAGUCUGCCCUUUUUCUGUGCCCUGGGACCUGAGCAUGUGGGAGCAGGGCAGAUGGGUGGCAGGAGGCCAGGGUUUGGAUCAUGUUCCCCCGAAAUGCUGGGAAGCAAUAAGCCUCCUCCUCCCCCCACCAUUUCUCUGGAGAUUAGGACUUAUUCUCACAGCUGGAGGAAGCUCAACAACUUUCCUGAGGACAAUGAUUGUUUGAAAAGCUUGUUUUGUAAGGAAGCCAGGAGGAAUAUAUGAGUUUGAUGAGCUAAAACAGUUCCUCAUUUGGUCUAGUUUUCUGGGCCAGGGGAGUAAGUGAAAUUCACUUCUCUAUAAGAAUAAGCCCAUCCAUCUCUUUUAUUCAUGAACAGAGACAGAAAGAAUGCUUGGCAUGGCAUGCCUCGGAGGGAGGCUCUGGGAGGAGGCCAAGCUGGCAGGCUCGGGUUCUUUGCCCUUGCUAGCGCCCAGGUCAGAGGGAAAAGGAAUGUACUCGUACCCUUCCCUCACCACCUUGUAGGUCCCCAGGUACCAGGUGCCCAGGGAAGAAGGCCUUCACAAUGAUCCCCCCAGCUCAGAACAGCCCCUGCACACCCAGUAACCGGCAUCUGGCUUCUCCUUAGCUUAGUGCUGCUGUGGAUUCUGGGAUAGUGGCC